AUGGCAUCAAAUACCUACACCCCCGACCAACUCACCCUCUACCUUGAGCGGAUCCACUACGGCUCCAACACCAGCAGACUAGAACAACUACAACAAGCCGUGAAGAACGACCCCCUCGGUACCCUAUUCGAGAUCCAACGGCGCCAUCUUACUUUCAUUCCCUGGGGAAACUCAGCCCUGCAUUACUCCAAUCACCGGACCAUCGAUAUUCGUCCUGCAUGCGUGUUUGAAAAGCUGGUCACGCGCAAGUUGGAUGGCUACUGCAUGGAGAAUAAUACCCUGCUUCAUGGGAUAUUGAAGUCUCUGGGGUAUGUUGUCUAUGCUACGGGUGGGAGAGUGUGUUUGGCUGCGACGGGGCGGGCGGAGGAGGGGUUGGAGAAGUUGUAUACGGGGAUGUCGCAUAUGGUGCUGAUUGUGCUGAUUGAUGGGGAGAAGUACGCGGUGGACGUCGGCUUCGGGGGUAAUGGGCCUACCCGGCCUUUGCCGCUCAAAGAGGAUUCCGUUUCGAUCUGCAUGGCUCCGACGGAGAUGCGUCUCGUUCAUGAGGCCCUGCCUGAGUACGUGGACCAGACGCAAAAGGUCUGGAUCUAUCAGAUCAGGUAUACGCCUGACAGUAGGUGGAUUCCCAUGUACUCAUUCCUGGGAACGGAGUUCCUGCCGCAGGAUUUCGAGAUCAUGAACUAUGCGACGAGUCAGCGGCCUACGAGCUGGUUCACGCAGUCGCUGGUUUGUGCUAGGAUGUUCAUGGAUGAGGCGGAGAGUGAAGUGCAGGGGAUGUAUAUUCUUGCUGGGCGGGAGGUGAAAAAGAGACAGUUUGGACAGUCGGAGGUUCUAGAGACGCUGGAAAGCGAUGCAGAUCGCGUCAAAGCCCUGGCGAAAUGGUUUGAUAUGCAUCUUCGCGAUUAUGAAGCGGAGGCUAUCCGCGGUUUUGUAUCUGAGAUCAAAUAG